GUGAAGGAAUACAAAGCAACACUUUCUGGAAAAUACAAAGAUCGAUCCGGAAAAUUGUCAGGUAACUGGUAUAUGUGCUAUGGAUGAUGGUUUCAUUUGUCAUUGCCGAUUACACACAUUCAAAACUGAAGCGACUGAAUGAAAAAUUCACGGUAACAGAUUCCGUUACAGUUGGUGGAAAUCCAUACUCAGUGUGCAGAAUAGGGCAAAACGAGGUUGCAACGUACAUAUGUGGUAAGGGUCAUAUACAGAUUGUUUCACUCGGAAAAACUAUACAGUUGGCAUCGACAAUAAAUAUCAGCAACUUUAAUGAUCCUGUUGGUGUUUGUUAUGAUACAACGUUUGACGCUAUCAUGUUAUGUGAAAGUAAUAAAAUAUCAGUAUAUAGCAAGUCCGGUAACUUAAUAAAAACACUUGAGAAGGAUAAAAAUGGUGACCAGCUAUUUACAGAAGCAAGACAAGUAGCAAUGAACAAAAAUAAUCAGCUCAUGUUUGUUUCAAAUGGCAAAGGAAAUAAUGUGAAGGCAUUGACAAGAGAUGGUGAAAUAGUUUGGACAUUCAGUGAUCCAGCAUUGCAGAGACCAUGGGGAGUCUGUAUCCUGCCUGACGACAUAAUCUUAGUCAGUGGACUUAGCUCACACAAUUUACUGCAGGUUAACAAGAAAGGUGAAAUGAUCAAUGAACUGUUGGGAGCUUCUGAACAACUACAGGGACCGUUAGCAUUGGCUUUUGACAAGAGGAGUUGUCGGCUGUUAGUAGGAAGCCAUUCAAACGAGUUACGCGUCUACACGUUAUCUAAGACAUGAACUAUAUUUGGGGGAUAAUCAAAAAUACCAUUGACUGUGCAUGAUACUAUCAAAUUUUUUUAUCAUAAUAGUUCUCUGUUAAAAUGAAUGUUUUUUGUUUCAUUAACAAUCAAUUCAAAUAACAAGCAUAUCUUGCUACCUUUUGCAUCUGAUAUUGUUACUUGUUAACAUUGGUAAUAUCUCUUUUUGAUAAUUCAUGUUAAGUAUCGCAAAUGUCAUAUUUUGUAUCUAUUCUUUACUAAAAAUUAAGAAAUUGAAAUUCGAAAAAUGGAUGCACAACACACUAGAUCUAUGUUUAUAUCCGAUAUCAAUUUGAUUUUUCUUUAAAAAAAUAUACUGCUCAUACAAAAUACUAAUACAUCAUUUAAUAUUAUUAAUAUUGAACAUAUUUUGAAAACUUAUGCGUAUUCAUGUAAUGCUAUUCAAGAUACUGCAUGAAAAAUUAUCUACCCUGUUGUAAAAUCCGAACAUUGGACGCAAAUUAAUAUGCAUGUAUAUGAAACAUGGGUAAUGCGAACCAUAAGGAACUUUAAAACUGACAACAUAGGACGGUUAUAUGUCUUCAAGUUCACCUGUAUGCAAAAUUUAAAAAAAAUUUACCAUGUGGUUUAUAAGUUAUGGAUAUAUUUCUGAACUAAAACUUUGCCAUUAGAAGGGCUUAUUUUCAGAAAUGAGGAAACUCUAAAUAAUCUGUAAUAUCAUCAUUAUAAAAAAAAUGUUUUUCUAUUGCUUAUUGUUAAGAAACAAUAAUAACAUUCAAAUAACAAAUUACACCAGCAAAAUGUUUGUUUCGAAACAAAAUGUUCUGAAUAUGUAUAAAAAUGUUAUCCUACCCCACCAACUUUAACACUAAUUUUACCAUUUCCCUAUCUAAAAUGCCUUAUUUAAAAUAUUCCUAAAAUUUUCCAUAAUGAGGGGCUGUUUUCAAAGUUUGCCUAAAUUUUCUUAAAGGUAUAUUGGUUGAUCAUGCGAAAUAUAAAAUACUUUUACCGUGUGUUUUUUAUUUUAUUAAAUUUUGAAAAUAUCUGUGUCAUAUUUGCUAUAAAUUUUGGCAUUAUUUAGCAAAUAAAUACCUACAAUAAUUAUAUAAUUUAAAUCAAACUCUUUUUUCUUCCAUAAGGGAUCAGAGAGAUACAUAAAUAAUGUUAAAAAGAAAAAAAAGAAAGAAAAAAAAGUUGCCCCUUCUGGGGUUUGAACUCACGCCCCUCAAUUUCAAUGUAGUUUGCAAGUGAUUUUAGCCUAUUUGAAUACUCUUCAAAGUGGAGGUAAUGCAUUACCCAUGGUCUACCUUAAGUCAAAAUGAUUGCUUUUAAUCAAGGUAAAAUGUUUAUAUUUUUGCUUAAUCAAUACACCAUACAUGUAUGUUAUAAUGAAUAUUCUAAAAAAGUUAGUCACAUCAUUUUUAAUGAUUGUAUAGUCAUUGUUAAUGAAUAUUAAACUUUUGAUCAUUACAUGUAAUCAAAGAACUCAACCAUUUGUAUCAUGUGACACUUAAACGUCUUAUUCACAUAAAAGUGAAGAAGUCGAAACAUAGUUCACAAUAUAAAUAUUUUAAAUAUUACUGGAGUUGUCUCAAGUUCUCAACAUAUAAAACAGUUCCGGAAUAGUAAUUGUUUGUUCUAUUUGCACAGCUUAUAAUAAUCAUGUUGUUGUCUCAAAGACAUUCAACUACAAAUUAUUGUAAAAGGAUUAAUUAUAUUUCAAUCAAAGUAGUACCAUGAUAAAAUGUGUCGACGACGUUACCAACUUUGCAAUGAAAAUAUAUAGAGCAAUUGUAAAUAACGUGAAUGCUUAUUUGUAUACACAUGUAUUAGUGUUCAACCUUACUGUUCUACAGAAAUAAGCUUCAUAUGAAAUUCAUAUUGUAUACAUGUAUUACUAUAGUGUUAAAUUUCAUGAAAUGAACAAAGCAAAAUGGGUUCAUAAAACGGUGUAUGGAUCUUAGAAAAUACUACCGUAACGUUACAUAACAACAGCGGAACAAACCAGCUAGCGUCUUAUCCAUUAUAAGUUUGACAGCUACGUACUCGUCCAAUGAAAUUCAAUAAUGUACUCAUCAAUGUUAUUUCACACCGUCAAUGUCCAUCGUUUUGACAGAAUUUUUUUUACUCUGAGAACAAUAUUGAUUUGAUAUGGAUAUUAACCAAAUAAUCAUAAGUUUAACUUAUUACUUUUACAUGACAGUAAUAAGUUAAACACAUGAUAAUUUGGAUGUUCCCAAUACUUAUUUCAGUUCUUGAUAACGUUCGCAUCGGCGUAUUUUACACUUCAAAAUCAACUAAAAACGCACAAGGUUACCAAUUUGUUGCAUUCAUUUACGUACGCUGUAAAUAAGUUACGCAGUCUGAAAACUCGAAGCCUAUUGUGUGUACUUUAAUUUAUUUUCUAAACAGCUGAAUCCGCUUCCGUUAAACAUUUGGCUGUGUAUCUAUAUUUUCCAAUUAAUAUCCAAUUAAAAUACAUGUACUAAAAUUUUAAGUGAAAAGAUUCAAGAUAAAAAAAAUCCAUGUUAUGUGUGAUUAAUGACCAAUUUUGCAGUAUUUUCACCAUAAUUCUACUGCGUUAGGGCUAUUUUUUGCAUGUUUACAACUCUUGUUGGUAAUUUACAUGGGUUGUAAGUACUGUUUGCAAUGUGAAAAUUAUUUACUUUGUUCACUUCACAACAUUUUACAUUUUAAUACAUUUUCAUAAAAAUUAGCAUGAAUCUGGAGGUGUGCUGCUUUAAUGUUACAAUUUUGUUGUAAUUUAACUUUAUUUUCUGUUUUGUUCUUUUUUUCUACUUAUUACACUGUGUACUAAAAAUAUUUGAUUUUAGUAGCCUUUCCGAAAAAAAUCAUAAACAGAAUUAUGACUUGAUUUUGAUGUUGUAAUAGCUUGUUUAUAGUUAGAUAUAUCUAUACAGUCAUGUUUAUAGUUGUAUCAAAAAUCAUUUAACUUAAGUGCUUCCAUUGAUGAUUCUGUUCAAUAUCUUUUUGCAAAAGUAACAUACAUACUUUGAUACAUAUAAUUGUAAAUACAUUGAUUUAUUCACAUAAUAAACAAUC